GCUGGAGGCCCCGCCCCCUGCCCUGCGCGGCCGGACCGACGGGCGCGCCCAGGUAGGGGGCCGCUGAGCGCGCAGUGCGGACCCUCGCGGGGACCUACGCCGCCACCAUGUCUCAAGAAGGUGUGGAGCUGGAGAAAAGCGUCCGGCGCCUCCGGGAGAAGUUUCAUGGAAAGGUAUCCUCCAAGAAGGCAGGGACUCUGAUGAGGAAAUUUGGCAGCGACCACACUGGAGUGGGGCGCUCCAUCGUGUAUGGGGUAAAGCAGAAGGAUGGACAGGAACUGAGUAAUGAUCUGGAUACCCAGGACCCCCCAGAGGACAUGAAGCAGGACCAGGACAUCCAGGCGGUGGCGACAUCCCUCCUGCCACUGACAGAAGACAACCUACGCAUGUUCCAGCGUGCCCAGGAAGACCUCAUCCCUGCCGUGGACCGGCAGUUCGCCUGCUCAUCCUGUGACCAUGUCUGGUGGCGCCGCGUGCCCCAGCGGAAAGAGGUGUCCAGAUGCAGGAAAUGCCGGAAGCGCUAUGAUCCCGUGCCCAGUGACAAGAUGUGGGGCGUGGCUGAAUUCCACUGCCCGAAAUGUCGACACAACUUCCGGGGCUGGGCACAGAUGGGGUCCCGGUCCCCCUGCUACGGGUGCGGCUUCCCUGUGUAUCCGACACGGAUCCUCCCUCCGCGCUGGGAUCGCGACCCGGAUCGCCGCAGUACCCACACCCACUCCUGCUCCGCUGAGGACUGCUACAAUCGGAGAGAGCCCCAUGUGCCUGGGACGUCCUGUGCGCACCCCAAGAGCCGAAAGCAGAACCACCUGCCCAAAGUCCUGCACCCCAGCAACCUCCACAUCAGCAGUGGCUCCACUGUGGCCACCUGCCUGAGCCAGGGGGGCCUCCUGGAAGACCUGGACAACCUCAUUCUGGAGGACCUGAAGGAGGAGGAGGAAGAGGAGGAGGAGGACGAGGAGGAGGGCGGGCACGGGGAGUGA